AUGAGCUCCCUGACCUUCCGCCGAGCCCUUCGCUUGUAUCUACCAACUGCCGUUUCGACAUUCAUGAUCAUAUGUCUGCUGAGAAUCGGUGCCUACGAAUGGACACGACCAUUCGCCGGUGACCGCAUGUAUAUGAAGAACAUAGUCGAGCCUCAUCCAGUCCGAAUGAAGUCGUCGUAUGCUCAAUUCAGAGACUGGGCCAUUCACAUGUACAAUUUUGUUCACGUGUUUGGUUGGGACAAAUACGGCGGCAGCACAUCAUAUGAUGUGCAUCUAUGGACUAUUCCUGUCGAAUUCCGAUGCUCUUUAUACUUGUUUCUUACCAUUAUCGGCACCGCACGCCUGAGGACUAGUAUUCGAUUCCUGACUGUCGGCGGAAUUAUAUGGUUCAGCUAUCGGCAUUCAAGAUGGGAGCUGUGUUUAUUCCUGUGUGGCAUGCUUCUUGCGGAGAUGGACCAUAUUCGUGGUGCCCACAUUCCUCCACCUGCUUUGCCCCAGAGCGAAAAGCAGCAUAGAAUGUCUCACGGUUGGGCCAAGAGUCUAUUUUGGACUUCUGUCAGUGUCCUAGGCCUGUACUUGAUGUCGCAACCGGAUGAUGGUGGUGAGGUGGCUCCAGGUUGGGUCUAUUUGACUUCACUCAUUCCUAAGUGGUGGACGGAAGAAAAAUUCCGAUACUGGCAAUCUGCAGGCGCAGUUGUGUUUGUCCUGGCUGUUGGUCACUCUCGAGCUUGGCAACGAUUCUUCAAUUCUCCUGUUGUGCAAUACUUUGGCAAGAUUUCAUACGCCUUGUAUUUAAUGCACGGCCCCGCAAUGCACACGGUUGGCUAUCAUUGGGAGAAGAUGGCGUAUGGAAUUACCGGUGUUGAAGGAUAUCGGUACAACAUUGGCUUUUUUUUGGGCGCAGCCUUUACUAUUCCCACGGUCAUUUGGUGGGCUGAUGUCUUCUGGAGAGCGGUGGAUAUUCCCACUGUCAAGUUUGCCAAAUGGUUUGAAAGCAAGUGUAUUGCCAAAAAUUGA